UAAUGACAUUUUCCUCAUUUUGCAUUUUAGUUUGUUGCAAAUUUCAGUACACAAGUCAAUCUAUUCUCUCUGUGGCUAAGGAACUUGUAAAUUGUCAUUUGCCAUCAUAUGAACUGGGCCUUAUUGGUACAGAAACUAUGUAAAAUGCUAACAUUUAGAUUGGUGUUAGAAUAAAGCUUUUGCUUGUAGCCUUUAUGGACGAGGUUGACUUUCUGUUCAUGCUUUGUAUAAAUGAUUACCCUCAUUGUUCAUAGAUUAGUAGCUAUUAUGAGCUCUAGGCAGGUUAAUGAUUUUGUUAUCAGCCAGUAUAUAUAAUAACAUGGUGAUGGAUAUACUUUGCUUAAUGUUUACGCAUCAGCCACUAUCAAUUCUGACUAGCGCGUUAAGCACCUAGGAGGCUGUUCUGAUAAUAUCUGAGCCUUGCUUUAUCUAGUGUUUUACAUGCGAAUAUGCUUAAUUUCCUGUCUGAUACUUGAGGUCUCUAAUCAGUUUUACCUUGACAAGAAGAUGCUCCUAAUUUUGUUUUAAACUGCACUUCUAUUUCAAAUGUUUUUUUUGAUAUGCUGUAGUAUUUUUUUUAGAUUGUGUGCUACGUGUUUAAUUAAAAGCCUCUAAGAACAUCAACAUGGUUAUAUGCAGUAAUGGCACGGCUUCCGUUAAGUAAAAGAAAUUCUAGGCGAAGGAAGAGAAUUAUGCUCUAUAUGGUGUGGCUGAAAAUGAUUGCUUCAAUAUCUUGGUAUUUUCAAAUGAUUGUUGUGUUAGGGACUAGGGUAGCACUAAGACCAAGGUACUCAAUUUUUAAGAUGGAAAGGAUUCACUAUGUUGAUAGGUUAGUUAAACAAAGUGAUGAUAUGUGUAUUAAAAAUCUUCGGAUGGAUAUGAAGACAUUUCAUAAACUAUGUUUUACCCUUGAGUCAAGAGGAUAUAUACGCGAUACCAAGUAUAUGAAUGUGACUGAACAAGUUGCUGUGUUUUUAUACAUAUUAGCUCAUCAUGAAAAAAUGAGUGUUUUGAGCACAAAUUUCCAAAGGUCAACUGAAACAAUUAGUAGACAUGUUCAUAUGGUUCUUAAUGGGGUUUUGAGAUUACAAGAAUUUAAACCACCUGAACCGAUUCCAAAUGACUCAACCGAUGAAAAGUGGAAGUACUUUAAGAAUUGUCUUGGAGCUCUGGAUGGAACACAUAUUAGAAUGAACGUACCUGUACAAGACAAGCCUAGGUAUCGGAACAGAAAAGGUGAAAUUACAAUCAAUGUCCUUGCUGCGGUCACACCUAAUUUGCAGUUUACUUAUGUGCUAACCGGUUGGGAAGGAUCUGCUGCUGAUGGGAGAGUCCUAAAAGAUGCGUUGUCACGAAAGAAUGGACUAAAAGUUCCUAAGGGUACUUACUAUCUCGUAGAUGCGGGUUAUACUAAUGGAGAAGGAUUUUUGACACCUUUUCGAGGAGUAAAGUACCAUAGGAAUGAAUGGAAAGAGGGAUAUCAACCAAUAUGUGCCAAAGAGUAUUUUAAUAUGAGACACUCAACGGCGCGAAAUGUGGUUGAACGUGCUUUUGGGAUUUUAAAAAAGAGAUGGGCUAUAUUAAGAAGUCCGUCAUUUUACCCUCUUAAAAUUCAAAAUCGGAUUAUUCUAGCUUGUUGUGUGUUGCAUAAUUAUAUUAGAGCCGAAAUGAAUAGUGAUUCUUGCGAACUCGACUUUGACAUGGAAGGGGGAACAAAUAUGGAGUAUGAGGUUGUCGAAGACAAUAUUACAAGUAUUGGUACAAGUCCGGAAUGGACAUCUUUUAGAGACAACCUAGCUGAAACGUUAUUUAAUGAAUGGAGAGGCUCUUCAAGGAGAUAAUUUUAGGUUUGGCUCUGGGCAUUCACAAGCUUUUAAAUUGGCAGUCUCAAGCUUAUUGGUAUAAUUUUGAGUGACUUGAAAGUAAAGUGGGAGACAGAGAAGUUGAUCUUUGAGCAAAAUGCAGAGACAGAGAUAUCUCUGCUAAAACAGGAGAAGUUUCGGCUGCAAUCAGAGGUACUUUUAUUUCGAUGGAAAAAACCACUGGAAGAUGAUGAUGUUUAACUCUACAUUAUGGAAUAAUGCCUGCACGUGUUGCGGUUCUCCGGUGUUCUCAUAUUCACUUCCCAAAUUUUGUAUUUUAUUUGUAAAUUAUGAAGGAGAAUUGAUAGUGGCCAAAGUUUGGAUUUUAUUUGUAAAUUUGUAAUAUUUAUUAUAGUUGAUUUUAUACUAAUAAUUUGUGUAAUGAAAUGGGAAGUAUGCUAUUGAUAUGAAAUUAAUUAAUUUGUGUA